AUGGAUCUCAAAGGCAAGUUGAUUGCGUCAAUAGAGGUAAACUGUGGAGGACAUCCUAUUCAUGAUACUAUUUACAUCAAUACUCAUCAUAUACCCAACAUAGCCCCUAAAGUGUUCAACCAUUUUGAAAUUCACAUGAAGGUGAAACUAGAAAGGUUGGUUCGAUUGUUAGCUGGAAAAUUAACCAAGGUAACACACACUGUUAUACUCUCUCUCUCUCCCUCAAUUUUCUUGCAUCAAAUUUUUGUAGGAAUAAGUUAUAAAAACACACCUAAACUAUAUGAACACCAGUGGACGACAAUCACAUUUAUGUACGAGAAGAAAACUGAAGAUACAAAUGGUCCCAUUACUUACCUGGGCUGUCCACUUUACAUUGGACGACAGAGAAUCAUAUACUAUACAGGUAUGGUGUCCAAAGUUAUAAGAAAAAUUAGAGGCUGGCAGAAUAAAAUACUGAGCUUUGGAGGCAGAGCAACUUUGGUGAAAUCAGUGCUGCAAUCUUUACCAAUCCACUUGUUGUCUGCGAUCAGACCUACUGCUACAACUAUCAAUCAGAUUAAAAGCCUCAUAGCUAACUUUUUCUGGGGGUGGGACAAAGAGAAGAAGAAAUAUCAUUAG